CUUUGCACCCCUCUCUCGCUCUCUCUCUAGCUAUGCAUAUGUGUUUGUUUUUGUGUGAUUAAAAUCAUCAAAAUCUGACCUGAAACUGAGAGAUCAUCCACUUCUUGGGUCUCUCAGUGUGUGUGAGAGAGAUUGGAUUGGUCUAUUCUUUUCUUUUCUCUUCCUUUGUUGUUUGAGGAACCCAAAUAAUAUCUUAUCUUAAAGCCGAUGAGGAUCCGGAAAAGACCGGUGCCCUUCCCUCUCUCAUCUCUCUCUCCGGUGCCUUUAUCAGAUCCCCUCCUCCACAACCUCAACUACUCACCACCACCACGACCACCCCCCAUGGUGCAACUCCACACCCACCAUGAUCCUGCCCCCGCCCAACAAAAACCCUCUAACCCAGUUGAGAAAACUUCCCGGGUGGGCCAUCCCCAUCCUCAGCCGUCUGAUCAUCAUCUCAAUCAAGGUCUCUUGCCGAUCGGACGGGCAGAGAAAGGCUGGGGGUUUUCUGAUGCUGCUGGUGAGGAUAAACACAAGGAGCACAACAAGCAAGAUUGUGGUUUGGAGCUCUUGAUAUUGAAAGGGGAAGAAGAAGAAGAUGAGAGAGGAUCAAGAGAUGGAGAGAAUAAUGAUAUCAGGAAGGAAAGCAUAUUGGGUGCAGAAACGUUGAUGGGUUUUGCUUCAGGAUCAUCAAGCUUUUCUCACCGAGCCGUUGGGAGAUGGUGUGAAGGAGAGAAAGCGUUCCCGUUGAAGAAGCGAAGAGGGAGCUUCGGAAGAGGAGCGAAUAUGGAGGAGAAAGACAGGAAAUCAAUGAAGACCAAGAUGAACAAAAAAUGUGCAACUCAACAGCAAAACGAUGAUGAUCAGAAGCAAGAGGAUGAAGAGGCCAAACAAGGCCUUGAUCAUGUCAAUAUUAUUGUUCGUAGUAAUUCGAGUGCAACAAAGAAGAGGGCAAGAGGCAGCGGUGCACUCAUGGAGGGGUCGCGGUGCAGUCGAGUUAAUGGAAGAGGAUGGAGGUGUUGCCAGCAAACUCUUGUUGGCUACUCUCUUUGCGAGCAUCACUUGGGCAAGGGAAGGUUGAGGAGCAUGACCAGCGUCAGAAGCCGGUCUAUGGCAACGACGACGACAAGUACUACUACUACUACUACUAGUACUGCGUCCAUUGAGAAGGAGCUCAAGCGGUUAUCAGCAUCUAGAUCUUCUGUGGAGUCGCCAUGGAAAGAAGACACCAAAGCUGCUGUGCUUCUAGAUGAACAUGAUGUUGACGAAGCUAAAGGUGAUCGUGAUGAAAAUGGAGGUGAAGAGGAAGGGAAGCCAUUGAUGGUUAAAAGGAAGAGAAUGAAGCUUGGGAUUGUUAAAGCGCGAUCCAUGAGCAGCUUGCUUGGCCAAAUCAACAGUGCAAUUGCAGCUGUGGCUCAUGAGGAUGAAGAUAAUAAUAACAAGUAAGUAGGUCAAAGUAUGUGAGAAAAUGGAGGAUUAUUCCAUGUAGUUGGGACUUCACAGAGAGAGAGAGAGAGAGAGAGAGAGAGAGAGGAAAAUGUCUUGAAGGUGUGAACUUGGUGCAACUUUGCUUCAACUUGCAAUAUGUGUGGGAUUAUUCUUAUAUAUAUGGUAUAUGAGAUAUGAUGAUAUAAA